GUUUCCUCUGACAUUAUGACCUAUUAGGUAAUGAUUGGUCAGGAGCAGUAGUUUUCUUAGCCCAACUUUUGCAUCCUAGCCAUUGUUUAAUAAAUUUUCCGCAAAAAAACAAAAGGAAAGUUUCCUGGGACUUGUAAGAUAAUUUACAAAUGGCCGCUUCACCAGAAACUGUCGACGUUGUCGUCAUAGGAGGGGGCAUGUCUGGCCUUUCUGCAGCGUACGAAUUGUUGAAGAAACGGCCGCACACGAAGCUUGUUGUUCUCGAAGCUAAAGACAGAGUUGGUGGAAGACUUGACAGUGUAGAACUCAAAACUGCAAAAGGAACUGACAGAUGGGAUGUUGGAGGACAAUGGGUAUGUAGGAAUCAAAAGACUCUUAUGAGUCUACUUGAGGAAUUGGAUGUUGAAGUGUAUAAUCAAUGGUACAAUGGAAGCAAAGUGUUACACAGCAGUAAUGAUGUUAUUACUAAGUAUUCCGGUAAUAUUCCACCCGUGUCUUAUAUUGCAGUUCUUGACCUGUUGUGGUUAAUCUAUAAGGUUGAGAACAUGUGCAAAAAAGUUCCCAUUGAUGACCCUAGUAAGUGCCCUCGUGCUAUAGAAUGGGAUGGAAUGACUUUAGAGACAUGGAAACAGCAGACACUAUGGACAAAUGCUAUAAAAGAGUUAUUUGAUGUAGUGAUAGGCAUCAUGUUUGGAGUGACACCAUCUCAGAUGUCUUUCCUGUAUUUUCUACAUUACCUGAACUGUUCGGAGGGGUGGUCUAUAAUGACAGAUCCAACUGUAAAGGGCCAUGCACAAGAGUGGAAAAUUAAGGGAACUGCACAUGGAGUAACUGAGCUACUCACCAGUAGACUUGGAAAAGGUAGAGUUCUUUUAAAUCAGCCAGUCACAUCAAUAAAACAGGAAGAUGACCAUGUGAUAGUAACCAGCCUUGGUGGCCAGUCAUAUAAUGCCAAGUUUGUAAUUCUAGCCAUUCCACCUCAUUUAAUAGGUCAGAUCAAAUUUAGUCCACCCCUCCCAUACAACAAGCAGCGUCUUAUUCAAAACAUGCCUCCAUCACAUUUGAUGAAGUUUGUGGCAACAUACUCAACGGCGUUCUGGAGGAAGGCGGGGUUAUCAGGAGACAUGGCCAGAAACACAACUAAAGGAUUGUGUGAGAGUAAUCCUAUUGCAAUAACAUUUGAUGCCACAUCAAGUGAUGGAAACCCUGCAAUUGUUGGAUUUAUAACUUCAUAUGCGGCAGCUCAGUGGAGCACAAAAGCGGAUAAAAGUAAAAGAGAAGCCAUCCUCAAGGCUUUGAAAUUGUAUUUUGGUGAAGAAGCUGAGAAUCCUCUAGAUUUUACAAUAAAGGACUGGUCAAAAGAGAUGUGGAAUGGUGGAUGUCCAGUAAACGUGAUGGUCCCUGGAGCAAUUACAAAUUAUGGAGACUGUUUACAGGAGCCAUUUCUUAGAGUUCACUGGGCAGGGACUGAAACAGCAACUGAAUGGCGUGGUUUUAUGAAUGGGGCAGUACAAGCAGGCCAGAGGGCUGCAAAUGAAGUGUUGGACAGCUUAGGUUGUGCACCAGUCAAACGUGGUCACACUGAGUAACACAUCUGGGUGUUGCUUGCAAAAUGUACAUUUAUAUUUAUAACUCUGGUCAACUCUUCCAUGUACACCAAAUCGAAAUAUGGAGUCCAAUUUGAAUUACUAUUGUUCUGGACUGACUAGCCUGUGAUAAUCCUUUUGUGUUCCCACACGAAGACAAGGCUAGUAAGUCCAGAACAAUGGUAAUUCAAAUUGAACGCCAUAUUUCGAUUCGGUGUAUAGAAUAAUUUUUUUAUAUAAUUAUGGAGAAUACUCUUGCAUAAGUAUUAUAUUAGUGUUUCAAUAGAUUAAUAGAUAGAUUUAGCCAAGCCUAAAA